AUGCCCGUGUCGACUCGGUCCCAGACACCGAACGAGUCAAACUCGCCGCACGAUGACUUGAAGGGGAAGAUGAAAGCGCUUCUGGCAUUAUACGAGGAGCAUAAGCAGAAGCAUAUCGCUGCAGCUCCCAAGAUCCCUUCUUUGGGGUCCUCAAGGGAGAAAAACGGGAGGCGCAUUCUGGUGUUCGUGAGGGCGAGGCCAUUGACGAAAAAGGAAACGGAAACGGGUGCGCGCUGCUGCGUCAGAAUCAUGGAUCGCCGUGACGUUUACCUAACGGAGUUCGCCGCCGAGAAGGAUUAUCUCAGGUUGAAGAGGCUCAGGGGUCGCCAUUUCACCUUCGACGCUUCGUUUCCACACUCUGCCACUCAGCAGGAAGUUUAUUCCGCCACAACCUCAGAACUUGUGGAAGCCGUUCUGCAAGGGAGGAAUGGGUCAGUUUUCUGCUAUGGUGCCACUGGAGCUGGAAAGACUUACACAAUGCUUGGAACAGUAGAGAAUCCUGGUGUGAUGGUGUUGGCUAUCAAGCAUCUGUUUAGUAAAAUCAGGAUGAGAAGUUGUGAUGGAAACCAUGCGAUUCAUUUAUCCUAUCUUGAGGUUUAUAAUGAAACUGUCAGGGAUCUGCUUUCACCUGGAAAACCUCUGGUUCUAAGAGAAGAUAAACAGGGGAUUGUUGCAGCGGGUCUUACACAAUACCGAGCUUAUUCUACUGAUGAAGUCAUGGCAUUGCUUCAACAAGGAAAUCAGAACAGAACCACAGAACCAACUCGUGCAAACGAAACAUCUUCACGCUCUCAUGCUAUUUUGCAGGUUUUGGUUGAGUACCGAGUUAGAGAUGGUGCAAUGAAUAUUAACAAAAUGGGCAAGCUCUCAUUGAUUGAUCUUGCAGGGUCAGAGAGAGCUCUUGCCACAGAUCAAAGAACAAUUAGAUCUCUUGAGGGUGCCAACAUAAACCGGUCUCUUCUAGCACUAAGCAGUUGCAUUAAUGCUCUCGUAGAAGGCAAGAAACACAUACCAUACCGAAAUUCAAAACUCACUCAACUUCUCAAGGACUCAUUAGGAGGAUCUUGCAACACUGUCAUGAUUGCAAACAUAAGCCCGAGUAAUCUUUCAUUUGGAGAAACCCAGAACACUCUUCAUUGGGCUGAUAGAGCCAAGGAGAUUCGAACAAAGGCAUAUAAUGCAAAUGAGGAUGUAUUGCGAGUGCCUGAGACAGAAACAGACCAGGUCAAGUUAGUACUUGAGCUGCAAAAGGAGAAUCGUGAAUUGCGAAUGCAGCUAGCGCAACAGCAUCAGAAACUUGUGACACUUCAAGCACAAUCCUUAGUUCCCCCAACACCGCCUUCAGCUACAUCUCUUCUUUCCACUCCUCCAACUUCUGCCCCGCCAAAAGAAAAACGAAGGACCAGACCCUCUUUCAUAGCUGCAACUCAUAUCACUCCAGAGACUAAGGACAAGGGAGAUGAGGUAGCUGUCAGAAUCAGAACACUUCAACAAAGAGUAAAAGCCUUGGAGGCAGAGCUAGAUAGAGUGAAAAAGGAUAACAGUUCGCAGCUAAAGCUGAAAGAUGAUGUCAUUCGGGAACUUUCGAGAAAGGGUGGGAAAAAAGUGGCAGUAGCAGGGACUAGUCUACGGCCAAAGGAGGCCAACACCGGAGAAUUGAAGAGUCCAAGCCAUCGUUUCCGGUCCCCUGUACCAACUGCAAGGAAACGAAGCUUUUGGGACAUAACCACCGCCAACAGCCCAUCAGUUACCACAUUGAAUGGGAGAAAAACUAGAAGUUAUGUCAUUUCUGAACCUACUGCACAUCCAUCUAUGCUUCUUCAGGUCCACCCGGAUUUGCUCGAACAAAAGGUUAUAUUACGUGAUCUUCUAGGAGGAGUUACAAAAGGAAGUUUAAGGACAGAAGGCCAAGUACAGAAGGAAGAUGUGCAACUUGUUUAUCGUGAGAAAGAUGUAUAA